UCUCCAUCUUCCCUCUGAAUGUAAAGGCCACAACCCUAAUUUUUUAUCGAGGACCCAAAACCCUAAUAAUCUCGCUGGUGCUCAGUCCCACACGCGCUCUCUUUCUCUUCCCCAUCCUUCAACCUCUCACUCGCACCCUUUUUCUCCAUCCUCCAUGGCCAAGAAGCGGAAGUCCGAGAAGAAAUCAGAGAAGAAGUCGAAGAAACAGAAGGAAACACAAUCAAAACCAGCAAAGAAGGAAGAAGAACAAAAACCUAUUUCCUCAUCCAGCGACUCAGAUUCAUCAGACUCAGAAGCAGAGACGUCGAGCCCCGAAAAAUUCUCCCAGCUGAUCGAGCCCUUUGCAAAAGAGCAGAUUAUUGAAUUCAUAUGCGAUAUCGCUGAUAAAGACCCAUCUGUUUAUACCCAUCUGAAGAAGCUCGCGGACAAGCAGGUCUCGCAUCGAAAGGUCUUUGUUCACGGCUUAGGUUGGGAUUCGACCUCUCAAACCCUAAUUUCCACAUUUGAAAAGUUUGGCGAAGUUGAAGAUUGCAAUGUGGUUCUUGACAAGGUCACUGGUAGAGCAAAGGGUUAUGGUUUUGUGCUCUUUAAGAAGAGGAAAGGAGCCAUUAAAGCUCUGAAACAACCGCAAAAGAAGGUCCAAAAUAGGUUAAUUUCAUGUCAAUUGGCUUCUCUUGGGCCUGUUCCUUCUCAUUAUGGAUCAGAUGUUUCAGCUCGAAAAAUUUAUGUGAGCAAUGUCCCAUCCGAUGCAUCAGCUGAAAAGCUCAAAGCCUUUUUCUCAAAAUUUGGUGAGAUUGAAGAUGGUCCCAUUGGUUUUGAUAAAUUCACUGGUAAAUCAAGGGGUUUUGCUCUCUUUGUGUACAAAACCCAAGAAUCAGCAAAGAAAGCCAUCGAAGAUUCCUACAGGUUAUUUGAUGGACAUGUUUUGCACGUUCAGAAGGCAGCCGAUGGUCCCAAGUUCAAGCCCAUGGGCCAAGCUGCCCAAGCGGGUACUCCAGUCCCGAUGGGCCAAACAGUGGGCUUGGCUCCAGGGGAUUUGGCUUCAAUGGUGAGCCCGGGAGUAAUGGCUGGUGGUUUUCAGUUUGGGCAGGGUUCAGGUAUUGGGGGCUUUUCAGGGGUAGUUCCAUCAUUCGGGCAAAUGGGCACUUCCGGCUUUGGAGUUGGCGGGCUUUCAGGGGUGCCAAUGGGCUAUGAUUCGGUGGGCUUAGGGGGAUAUGGGCUUGGUGGGGUGGGGACUAGUGUGCUUGGGACUUAUGGUGGACAAGCGGGGUUGGCUGGGCAGGCAUUGGGCUUGCAAGGGGUGCAGUCACAGCAAGGAUUGCAGGUGAAGGGGCAAAUUGGAGCGGGAGCAAUGGGUGGGCUUCCACCUUCUUAUAUGUCUCGAUAGAUUGGGUAGCCAUAUGAGAGAUGAAAUUGGUGCCAUGUUGAAGGUGUGUUUUUUGAAAGGGCAUAUUAUCAGUUAUCCAGAUCUUCAAGCUGGGGAACUAUGGCUUUUGAGAGACUAUAAAAUAUAGGUAGCUUGUGCUAUUUUCAAGCCUUCAAUGCUUUAGCCACUGGCAAUCCUUUUACAGACAUUCUUAAGGAUUGCUCUUCCUUAUCUUCUUAAAAUUUCGAUGGAACCUUGUAAAGUGUGCUGCAUCUGUAGCACCAAAGUUGAAAUAGUAUUUUUAAUAGCGAAUUUGACUUUUAUAUGUUUC